UGUAGGCAUUAUGCUCUGCCAGCGAGCAGUCAGUCAACUUAUAGCCGCUCCAGCGAACGGACGCACCGAAAAUCGAGCUAUAGAAACUCUACGGCAAAUAAAAAACCCGAAAUCGAACCCAUGACUUAUAUAUAGAGCCAAACGAUUUGUUUACGUGUCGUGACGCGAGUGUGCCAGCAGUUGUGUGCGUGUGCCAGACGCAAGCAGAAAAUAAAGUUUACAAAUUAAAAUAAAUCAAAGGCAAUCACCAUGAUUAGCACCACGGAUUAUCCAACGGUGGAGACCACCACCACAGCCGAAGAGCUCUAUGCGGAGUACAUAUCCGCGCCGGCCAGCAGCAUGAGUCCCGCUGCAAUUGCCGAGCACCUGCAGCAGAAUCAGAUCACCUUCGAGAUACCCAGUGCCCACGAUCUGCGACACAUCGACGCCCUCAACUCCUUCAACGCCCUGCUCCAGAGGAUUGGCAAUGCGGCGGUGUCCUACGAUCCCGCUCCACCCAGCGGCUGGUCCCCGGAUGGCAGCAUCAGCACCGAGCAGCUCUCCAAGUCGGUGGUUCUGGAUCUGGCUGACUUGCGGGAUAGGUCCGAGGAAUCGAGCGAAUCCUCGUGGUGGAGCCAGAUCUUCGGGGAUGCCGACAUGCAUGUGAUCAUCAACUAUCUGUGGAUCGGUGUGGUCAGCUCGCUGGUCAUUCUGUCGCUGGUCUUCAUUCUCUUCAGCUGCUACUUCUACAGGAAGUUCCGCACUUGGAAAAAAUGCAAUAAGGACAUACGUGCCCAGAUCCAUGCGGCCAGUGACUCGUACUCCUCGCACCUGGUUGGUUGCGAUGCCAGCAGACUGCUGUUGCACCAGCAGAUGCAGCAUCCACAUCAUCGGAGCAGCGAGGCUGGGUUUUACCAAAUCGAAUCGCCGCCCUGCUACACAAUCGCCACCGGAUUGCCCAGCUACGAUGAGGCACUGCAUCAUCAGCCCCGGCACUUUGCCUACGGCAUGAAGUUCGUUUAUCCCUCGUUGGCGGCCGUGCAUCAUCAUCACCAUUGCAUUUCCAAUUGGGAGAAGCAGGAGCCGCUGAAUAAGCUGCAAAAGUGCAAGCUGUCAGCGGCAGUGGCAGUGGAGGAGGAUAAAGCCGACUCCUCAUCGUCCUCGUCUGCAUCCGCAUCGCCAUCCUCUUCGGAAUCCAGCAACUUGGCCGCAGCAACGCCUGCCAUUUGCAUUAACAUGCCAAGUGGGCGGCAGGAUGAGGAGGUGGAUAAUUCAGAUUCCGAUUCCGCAGUUGCAGUUGCAGUGGCAGUAGCACAAAGUUUACAGCCGGCGGCGCCUGCCGACGAUGAUUGCGCCUCAUUGGUCGUUGUUGUUGCCGCGUGAUUGCCCACCCAGGGGUCAGGGGUCAGGGAAUAAGGGGUCAGUCGAGGGUUUAGGGCCGGGAGUAGCAGCCCAAUUGCUUAGUCACUUGUAAAUAGUUGCAUCGUCUGCUAAUGUUGUUUGCCCCAUGUAAUAACAUAUAUCUCCGAGAAUGUACCCUCCUCCCUCUAAGCAAAUUUAGUUUUGGUUUUUAGUUAUCUGUUAUAUAUUAUUGUAUUACGCAAGACUGAGUAUUAUUUAUUGUACUAUGUAUAAAACCGAAUUGUCUAUCGAUUAAGCCCUAAUAUCUAAGCGAGAGUUGAAGAAAAAAUAUAAAACUCGAAUGAACACAUUGCAAACUAAA